ACUUUCGUUUUACACGUAAGCGAAUUUCAGUUAAAAACUAAAAAAAUAUAAUGCCUUUCAAAACGUCCGUUCUUUUUUGCGUCUUAUACUUUUUUACGGAAACAUGGAGCAUUGGAUUAGACAAGGACCAAAUUAGAAAAUUAGUUGCUCUGCCCAAUGAUGAGGGUACAUUCCGCAGCAUUGUGAUCAUUACUUACUUAUUAGAAGUAGGCUAUACAGGUGAUCUUAAACAAUUUGAAAAAGGUGAUGACGAAAAACUUGAAAAAAAACAAUCCCUUCCGUUCUGCUCAUCGAAGGAAAAAGAAUUUGUGGUCAAUAUUAAAACCAUGCCGGACUUUUUGAUAUUGUUGGCCGAUAACAAUAAGAACACUGACUGCUGGAAGAAUGAAGGUUUCACAACAUAUGAAGUAAAAUUGUUUGUAAGAAUGUUUAUUGUACAAGAUAAAAGAGGUGUACACGAUGGGCUCCUUAACGGAUCUGAAAUAAUUGAGUUAUUUAAUAACCUCCGAAAUCAAACAGAUGAACAUAAACAGAAUGUAAAGAAUGAAUUUCCAGACGGUGAACCAAUAAAUGUAUUGAUGUACUUGGCGGCAAUAUUGAAACAUAAAUCCAAAUUGAAACACCUGAACGAGGCGCAGAUAAACAAAUGCCAAGCUUUGUACAAGAGUACAAAAAAAUACCUUGAUAAUAAGAAACAAAAAAAGUUAUUUAAAACACUGGGAAUGGUUCCCAAAAAGUAUAAUUUUUUAUUGGAUUUCGAGCACGUCCGAUCAGCCGCUCUGGAGUUACAAGAGCUUUUGGUCUUUUGGUCGGAACAAAAUGAGGAAUAUGACAGAAGUGCACCUCUUAUAACUCAAGUUAGACAGUAUAUGUGGGAAUUCGCUAUCUAUGACUUAAACAAAGAUGGUUUGCUCGAUAUUUAUGAACUUGAAGAGGCAAGAUUUCACACACCUAACAGCGAUAUGAAUACCUUUUUUUCAGACUGGUCUAUUAUGAUGUGCCCUGCAAUGUUCUUGAAGAUGAAAUUAGCCUUGCAUCCAGAAUACUACGCUGAUAUAAUUUAGUUGAGAUUUUAAAAGUAAAGUUGUUUUUAAUGAUGUUUGUUUCAUUUGA